CUCACAUCUCACCAAACAAACGUACCAGCCAUUAGCCAACCUCGGCCCGAAGAGCUCUCGACCGCGCCGCCCCUCCCAGCCCGGCGAGUCCCGACCCAGCGAUUGGCUCCGGAGGGCGCGGGCGGCAGCCGCCUUCCUGUACCGAAGGAGUCUCGUCCCUCACUGCUGCUUCCUCUCCGCUCUGAGAUGGCGUUCGUAGUUUUUGUCCUUCAGCUGGCCAUCUCCAUCCUGUUACUUCCCGUGCACCUGCUGAAUUUUCUGGGCCUGUGGAGCUGGAUUUGCAAAAUGUGGUUUCCCUGCUUCUUGUCGAGGUUCACUGUGAUAUACAACAAACAAAUGGCAAGCAAGAAGCGGGAGCUCUUCAGCAACCUGCAGGAGUUUGCGGGCCCCUCGGGGAAGCUGUCCCUGCUGGAGCUGGGCUGCGGCACCGGGGCCAACUUCAAGUUCUACCCCCCGGAGUGCAGGGUGACCUGUAUCGACCCCAACCCCAACUUUGAGAAGUACUUGGUCCAGAGCAUCGCCGAGAACCGACACCUGCAGUUCGAGCGCUUCCUGGUGGGUGUGGGGGAGAACAUGCACCAGGUGGCCGACGGCACCGUGGACGCGGUGGUCUGCACCCUCGUGCUGUGCUCGGUGCGGAACCAGGAGCAGGUCCUCCGCGAGGUGCGCAGAGUGCUGAGGCCGGUGAGUGCGGAGCAGAGCCCUGGUCCCCACGCAGUCGGGUCAGGGUCAGGUGGAUGCUAACGUGAAACGGGAAACUGCUAGAGAAGACAUUGUUGAAUUAAAAAAAAAAAAA